GAUAUAUUCGAACUGCGUUGCUAAGAGGUGGCAAAUAUAAAGAAAAAUUCUGCUGUUUUAUCUCUAAAGUGAUUUUAAUUUGAUUAUCCAGAUUAGCUAUAAAACAAACAUAAAUCUACAGAAUUAGAGCGCUUUGUCUCCACAUAUGGCCAGUUUUUAAUACGUAAGGGAAGGCGUACGAUACAUAACUUUGACCAGCUGCCCAGUUUUUUGCCCAAUUUGGAAACAACUCUGAAAAUUGUAAAGUCAAUAUGGCACCAGGCGUCCCAUCUUCGCUGCAAGGCAAUCCCAAUGAGCAACUCGACAUACCCAAGUGGAUAAAUGAAGAUUAUUUCUUAGCCGUCCUUAAAAAAGAUAUUCCAAACUUUAGAAAAAUAAUUAGCUUCAAGGCGAUCGCCGCCACUGCGCCCGGAGAAAACUACUGCUCAAUCAUGGUGCGCGUUGCCAUUGUGGCGGAAUUAACAGAUUCUUCAAUCACGCAGAAAACUUAUAUUUUGAAAACUAUGUUGGAUGCUGAAAAUUCAGGAUCUGCCAUCACUAAAAACAUGAAUAUGUUUCCGAGGGAGGAGCAGACGUACACGGUUUUUCUGCCAAAAUUCAUGAAACUUUACCAGGCAGCCGGACUGGAAGUGCACUUCGGGCCCAGCUGCAUACACACCGAACAGACCACGGAGCGUAUGACUUUGGUAAUGGAAGACCUGAAAGUGAGUAACUAUGCAAACAGCGAUCGGCAGAGAGGUCUUGACAUGCCGCACAUGACAAGUGUGCUGCAAAAGCUAGCAAAAAUGCAUGCAGCUUCGGCGCGCAACUUCGAAUUGAAUGGCGCGUACGGCGAGUUAUAUCGAAAUACUUUUUUCACUGAGGCAAAUCGUGCAAUAUACAUACAAUUACGCGCGACUAGAGAUCCUCUGGUAAAAGAGGCAAUGCGUGAGUGGCCGCUCGACGGUGCCGAAGAUUACAUUAAAAACUUUCCAAGCGGUGAACAAUUAUUUGAAGAGGGCUUGCGCCUGAACGCAAUCGAUCCCAAUGAAUUCAAUGUGCUGAACCAUGGUGAUCUGUGGACUAAUAAUAUUAUGUUUAAACACGAUGCGCAGGGAGCGAUUGAUGAUGUGCUGUUUGUUGAUUUCCAGUCUGGGAAAUGGGGUACACCUGCGAUCGAUCUUUGGUUCCUGAUUAUCACGUCAGCAGCCGUGGAUAUCAAAAUCAAAGAAUUCGAUCGGUUUAUUUAUAUUUACCACAAACAAUUAAACCAGAGCUUGCGUGUACUAAACUACACAAAACCGUUGCCCACACUGAAAUACUUGCAGAUGCAAAUGUUGAAAUACGGAUUCUGGGGUUUUGGCACAGCUAAUAGCGUUUUGAGCGGCAUCCUGUUACCAGCGGAUAAGGACGCCAGCAUCGAAAACUUUAUGAAGCCCGGACCCAAGGGUGAUGCGCUCCGCUCGAAAGCGAUAACCAAUAAAUAUUACUCAAACGCCAUGUGCGUAAUUUUACCAUUCUUGCGCCACAAGGGUCUGCUCGACUUUCAAGGAGAAAUGGGUGAAAUUACAAAUCCAAACGAAAACUUACGCAUUCCCAAGUCGAUAAAUGCAGACUAUUUUGUAAAAGUGUUGGAGAAAGAUGGAGAGGACUAUGCAGAGAUCUCUAAGUUUACAGCGGUUGCAGCCACACCCCCAGGUGAGAACUUCACUUCCGUUAUGUUGCGCAUACACCUGGAUUUAGUUUUGAAAGAUGGGUCGAAAAAGCACAAAACGUACGUAAUGAAAACAAUGCUGGAUGACGAUUGCGGUGGCCGCGAAAUUAAAAAUUUGAAUUAUUUUCCCAAAGAAUUGGAAAUGUACGCCAAGUUCUUACCCGCUUUCGAGAAACUGUACAAAGAUGCCGGCAAGCCAGUGAAACUUGCCCCUCGUUGCUUACUCACGGAAGCCAGAGAUAAUCGGAUUAACUUCGUAUUCGAGGACUUGAUCCCCAAGGGCUUCGUAAACGCUGAUCGCAGAAAGGGCUUGAAUAUGGAUGGGAUGCGUCGAACGUUACAAAAGCUGGCGGAGUUUCAUGCUGCAUCAGUGGUAUAUUUCGAAAAGAACGGGCCUUAUCCCGAAAACUUUAAAUUUAGCUUUGCUAAAGAAAAUGGUUACGAAUCGUUCAAGAGAGUUUUCGACGUAAAGGUUGUUCAAUUCAAAGAAGCGAUGGUAACGUGGGGCUUGAAAGAUGCUGACAAAUAUUUGGAAAAGUUUCCUACCUUUGAUCAGUAUUGGAAAUGCAUUAGGCGUAUGUUCGCUACCGCAGAAAACUCGUUCAACGUGCUGAAUCACGCCGACUGCUGGAGCAGUAAUGUGAUGUACUCGUAUCGGGAAAAUGGCACAGUUGACGAUACACUUCUGAUCGAUUAUCAAAUUUGUAAAUGGGGUAGUCCUGCUGAGGAUUUGUUAUUUCUGAUAACGAUUUCCGCGGCGAAAGAUAUUCGCAUAAGAGAAUACGAGCAUUUUGUGGCCAUUUAUCAUGAACAUCUUACGGAAUGCCUCCAAUUGCUGGGUUACAAAAAGGAUCUGCCGAAAUUGCGAGACUUGCAAAUGGAUAUGUACCGCGAGAAUAACAGUUUCUAUGCAUUUUUUGCAGUGUUCAAUCACUUGGCGAUGGUAUUAUACCCCACCGAUAAAGACUGUAACAGGCAUUUGCUUCUAAGUCCGAGCGAGGAGGCCCAGCGCUUUAGGCUGAAAAUUUACACAAGUCCGGCAUUCAAGGAGGCUAUGUUGGACAUCCUUCCAUUUUAUCACAACCGUGGACUAUUCAAUUUCUGUGAUUACGAAUGAGUCAAAUAUGGAUU